AUGGACCAACUAGACGAACUGGGCGGUCAAGAGCAUCACCUCUGGGAAUUCUGUGACGAGAUCUGGACACUUGUCCUUAAGUAUAUUGAGUUCGACGAUGUGUUCGCUCUAGGUCAGACAUGCAAAAGACUUCACUCGCUGUUGCUGGAUGACAGCGUCUGCGAAGCAAUUCUCCAGAACACAAUACCAUAUUCGAAAGAAGCACUGAAAGCUAGGAAUCUUUCUCGAGGAUAUGCAUCUGCCUUUUGGAGAGCUGCUAAGCGACGUGCGGCUUUUCGUGCAGGGGACCCAUUUGCUGUUGUUAAUCUCGGUUUCGCAAACUCGUUUUUGUAUAAUGAAGGCUUGCUCUGCUACCUCCUCGAAGAUAGAAUCCGGAUCCUUGAUCUCCACUCAUCUGAAUCAACUGAGACUGUGGUCAACAUGGCUGACCUGCUAGAUCAAAAAGUCUGGCGCGGCCCGGACCAAAAUACAACCGUUGGACUCACACUUCUACAUUACUCAAGUGGCGUUCUCUCCUGCUGCUAUAAGCAAGCUUGGAACGAAAAUGCAUGGCUUAUACUGAUCAAGAUCGAAACCGGACAAAUCUUGGGGACUGUACGUCUUCAUUCUACAGAGAAGCUCUUCGCUCGAAACAAUGAAAGUAUGCUCUAUUAUGGAACCCACUCAGGAAAAGAUGGAGGGCCUGAAGGUCAUUCCUGGGAGGUCAAAUGUUUUGAUCUCGUUACCAGAUUCAGCUUUGAGACCAAGCUUGAAUUCUUUGAUGUCUCGAACGCAAACAUCGGCUCCACUACCUGCUUCGAAAUUUAUGACGGGUACCUCUACGCGAUCUCCAACCGAUUGCCAGUGACUGGACCGAAUUCUGAACUUGAAACCGAGCAAGACGAAUGGUCAUUCUAUCGCUGUAGGAGAUUCCCCACCGUAUUUCCCACCAACCUCUUCUGUGAGAAGGCUACCGAUCAUAUAACCUGGCCGAGAAAUUAUCAAUGGGGUCCGACAGAUACCCGGCGGACAACUCUCAAUUUACGCAAAGACGAACACUCGGGAGCUUUGAAAAUCGUCGAAACACGUAUGGGAUGGCUGGCUAGUAUGCAUCGAAGUCAGCGCAUAUGUUAUAUGACGGAUCUUGCUUUCGUUAUUCAGCAUGGACUUCACCUCCCCAGAUACCCCAUCCCAUAUUCGGGAUCAGCAUUGGCCAAAGAUAUCUUCGAAUUGAAGUGGCCCGUAGAUGAAUACUUCAAGCAACGCAUCGCCUCGCUCGAUCCGUUUUUAAGAGACAGUCGACCGCUUGAUAAGAAGCUUAGAGAAGCUCAUCGAAUUACUCAUCCAGAAACUUGGAAAGGCCCACCGCAAGAGAUACAGCCCUGUAAUGAUCAGACUCCACACAUGGCAAAUAAAUUCCAGAUUCAAUAUUAUGAUAGCGCGUCUGGCACUUUUCUUGAUAUAAUAGGCGACUACAUACCCACGGAAUCGCCCGCCAGAAGUCAUCUUCAUCUGCAAGCUCAAAGCAGACGAUUCGGCCCACCAAUACUUGAUCGUGAGGGUCAUUUGACACCACCAUCGCGUGUUUCUUCAACGACCCUCAAUAAAAUUUUCAUGCCAAGCACUAUCAAAUGGUGGCCUGAGUUUUAUGAUUCAGACCUUGACGUGAUACGCAGGCUGCUGAAUCCACCAGGUCAAUUGAGUGACGUGAAAGGAAUAGUAGAUGAACGCUCUCUUGUCUACUCUGCCGGAUCUAGAGACAUCCCUGGUGCUCUCAUCUUCAUAAGCUUCGAUCCAGCUAUCAAUCUUGCUGGGGUUGAGCCAUGGAAGCCUCGGAGACAAAGUAAAUACACUGCAGAAGCAUACUUUAAUGACGAUAAAGCAACGAAAUCUAGCGGUCUGAUGAAGCCGCAAAGUCAACGUAGACAUGAUAGACCAGGGGAAGUCGUCGUUAAUGAGACGGCCUCUUCCAUACAACAAGGUACCACUACAAAAGAUAUGCCCGCUCCACACAAAUGGUGUUGGAAGGAACGUGCCAGGUAUCUGGACGUUGGACAAGGCUUCGACUUUGGACUGCGAUAG